GACCCCGGGGCUGCGAUGAGCCCCUGCGGGCGGCCCCGGCGGCACACGUCCAGAGGGGCCAUGGCUGUCCUGGCGUGGAAGUUCCCGCGGACCCGGCUGCCGGUGGGAGCCAGUGCCCUCUGCGUCGUGGUCCUCUGUUGGCUCUACAUCUUCCCAGUCUACCGGCUGCCCAACGAGAAGGAGAUCGUGCAGGCGGUGCUGCAACAGGGCACGGCGUGGAAGAGGAACCAGACGGCGGCCAGGCUUUUCAGGAAACAGAUGGAAGACUGCUGUGACCCUGCCCAUCUCUUUGCUAUGACUAAAAUGAAUUCCCCCAUGGGGACGAGCAUGUGGUAUGAUGGAGAGUUUUUAUACUCAUUCACCAUUGACAAUUCAACUUAUUCUCUCUUCCCCCAGGCAACCCCAUUCCAGCUGCCCUUGAAGAAAUGUGCGGUGGUGGGAAAUGGUGGGAUUCUGAAGAAGAGUGGCUGUGGCCGUCAAAUAGAUGAAGCAAAUUUUGUCAUGCGAUGCAAUCUUCCUCCCUUGUCAAGUGAAUACACUAAAGAUGUUGGAUCCAAAAGUCAUCUAGUGACAGCUAACCCCAGCAUAAUUCGGCAAAGGUUUCAGAACCUGCUGUGGUCCAGAAAGACAUUUGUGGACAACAUGAAAAUUUAUAACCACAGCUACAUCUAUAUGCCUGCUUUUUCUAUGAAGACAGGAACAGAGCCAUCCCUCCGGGUUUAUUAUACACUGUCAGAUGUUGGUGCCAAUCAAACAGUGCUCUUUGCUAAUCCCAACUUUCUGCGUAGCAUUGGAAAGUUCUGGAAAAGUAGAGGAAUUCAUGCCAAACGCCUGUCCACAGGACUCUUUCUGGUGAGCGCAGCCCUGGGCCUCUGUGAGGAAGUGGCCAUCUAUGGCUUCUGGCCCUUCUCUGUGAAUAUGCAUGAGCAGCCCAUCAGCCACCACUACUAUGAUAAUGUCUUGCCCUUUUCUGGCUUUCAUGCCAUGCCGGAGGAAUUUCUCCAACUCUGGUACCUUCAUAAAAUCGGCGCACUGAGAAUGCAGCUGGGCCCAUGUGAGGCUACCUCACUCCAGCCCACUUCCUAGGGACAAUGGGGAAAGGAAGAACUAAGCCAGGGUAUUUUUGCUAGGUUUUCUACAGGACUGCAAAAGGAAGUGGUGCAGUUAUUUCAUGGAUUUGCCUGGGCCACUUGCAAACAGCAACCGCAAUCCAAAGGAAACUCUAUUUUUAAUGUUGGCUUGGAGGACAAAUAGGAAGAUGCUUUAUGAAGUAUUUGAUAGCACAUUGUGGAUUUGCAACAUUCUGAUGAAAUGAUUGUUGGUCAAGCACAUUUACAUGGUUUAAAUCGAGAAGGUACAGUUCACAAAUAAGGUGGAACUCUAGUUGUUGAAGUUGAUAAGUUCAUCAAGGUUAAUAAAGGAAAUGCCAGGGCAAAGUGUUACUGAUUAUCAAUAUAAGCUGGCUUAAUUUAAAAAAAUUACUUACGAAGACUGAAAUUUGAACCAUAGAUUUUUUAAAAGUUAUUAUUUAUUUUUGUCCUAUUUAGGGGAAGUGAAUAGGUAAUGGGGUAGAUUUUUUAAAAAUCCCUUACUGAGUAUUAAGGACACAAAACAGUACAGCUGAUAUUGUGAUUUGUUGAACCAAGUGUAUGUUAACUGUAGUCCCCCUCCAUUUAAAAAAUGUUAAAUAAGAAUUACCUCCUCCUCCUUUGUCAAGUCUACUUAGACAAUGUGAAACAUUGUUGAAUUUAGACUGUGUUGGUUCACAGUCUGAAUAACAUGAACCAUUUUUCCUCCUCCUCAGAAUGUAGGGCAUACAUUCAAUUUUAGGUCUGCAUUUUAUAAGCCUGUUUGCAUUAUUAUUAUUUUAGUGCACAGAGAGUACAAAUGUGAAUGCGUUAUUUAUUUGAAAAUUAUUUGCAUAAUUGUCUUUAUAAUUUAAUGUUCAGAGAUGAAGUAAAGCACAAUGUGGUAAACUUAGUCUCUGGAAGACAGAUUGGAAGGCUCCUCCCUUUUCUAUCUAUCAUGGUAUAUUCACUCUGAAAAAAGCAUAUGCACACACACACACACACACACACACAUACACACACAACUUAACAAAGCUCAUUCCCAUGAAUCCACAUGACUGGUAUUUCAAAAAUCUGUAACUAGUGUUGGAGAGUUCCAAAUGUAUUAUGUACCUACCCCCCACACCCUGAUAUAAGACAGACCAGCUUACUGGUUGCUGCUCAUAAUGCUUAUACCAGCUUGAGAUGCAAACUUUACCCCCAAAUGCUUACCCCAAAUGAACAGAAUUGUUUUACUCAUUCUGACUCUCUCCAUCAUAUCACAAAUGGACCCUGUGUUGAGUAUGAUCAUAUUAGAUAGAUUCAUACAAGUAAAGGGGUGUGAAUUAGUAGCUAUCUAUUCUCAUAGUAGCAGAUAGGACUACUUUGAAAGCCAAACUCUGACAGACUACAAGCAGCCAAAUGUGUUUACAUAUAAGAGAAAGGUAAAGGAAGCCUUUUAUUAUCUUUGUUCUUUGAGAUGCCUUAUUCUAAUAGGAGAUGCUAGAAAUCACUAUCUUUAUUUUUUUAAGUAUCACCAAAAUUUAGGUAAAUUGUGCCAAAAAGUUUUUUUAUAUUUUAAUGGUAGAAAUUUAGUACACAAUACAGAUUAAGACAGGUGGCAUUUUAGGUAGGUUAAUCUAAAAGUUAUCAGGAUAACAAUGCCCUUGGGAAAUAUCUACGUCAUUGAAAUAGGCAAUUUCUAAAUAAGAUUGAAUAUGAAGGUUAUUAUAGAAAUCAACAGUUGAAAUGUGAGUGGUUGAUAAAACACACAUUAUACUGAUACUUAGAAAGUUAAGAAUUUUAGAGUAUUGAUUCUGUGCAGAACUGAUUGGCUAUUUUGAUGCAGUAUGGCAGGAAAUAUGUAGUAAGAAUGCACUAUUGAGUAAGCUGUGUUAAAUAUGCUCUAUACAUGCAAUCCUGAAUAUAUUUCCUCUUUUGAGCUAUUGUUAUUAUUUAAUAAUUACCUUAAAAAAUAAUGCAUUGUAACCUAUAUACUUACUCAGAAGUAUAAAAGGGCUAAAAAAAAAAACCCACA